CAGUAAAGGGAUAAGCAGCUGAUCAACUAACUGCUAGCAAAGCUAACUAGCUACUACAACAUUGUUCUACGCAACCACUCCAGCGUGGCAUCUCACACCGUUUCGAAGGAAUUAAAAACCAUUCUUCUGCACUCAUGUUUUGACUUUCGGCGAUGGAGGCUUGACCUCUCCGAAUUAUAUUGAUAAACAACUAUUUUUAAAACACAAUUUAAGGACUUGGUUAUUUAUAGAAGCUACGUGGAUUUUUAGCUAGUUUUGUACGGGCCCGUCACACGGUUUGAUAGCUAGCGUUAGCUACAGGAGGCUGAUUGUUCGAGUCGUCUUGGCUCAGGGUUUUACAGAAGAAGCCGGUCGUCCUGAAAUGGACACAGGAGUUGUCCCAGAAAAGAAAAGGGUGAGUUCGGAGCGGAGGAAGGAGAAGUCCCGGGAUGCAGCGCGAUGCCGGAGAGGGAAGGAGUCUGAGGUGUUCUAUGAGCUGGCCCAGGAGCUCCCUCUUCCCCACAGCAUCACCUCCAACCUGGACAAGGCCUCCAUCAUGAGACUGGCCAUCAGCUACCUGCGCAUGAGGAAUCUGCUGAGCACAGAUGAAGGGGCGGUCGAGAAGGAGGAGCAGGAGGAGAGUGAGCUGGACUCCCAGUUCAAUGGCUCCUAUCUGAAGGCUCUGGAGGGCUUCGUCAUGGUGCUGUCUGAGGACGGGGACAUGAUCUAUCUCUCUGAGAACGUCAACAAGUGCUUGGGUCUUGCACAGUUUGACCUGACUGGACUUAGUGUGUUUGAAUACGCACACCCCUGUGACCACGAGGAGCUGAGGGAGAUGCUGGUUUACAGAACAGGGACGUCGAAAAAGUCCAAGGAACCUAACACCGACCGUAGCUUCUUCCUGCGGAUGAAGUGUACCCUCACCAGCCGGGGGCGCACGGUCAAUGUCAAGUCGGCCACCUGGAAGGUUCUCCACUGCUCAGGCCAUGUGCGGGUGCAUGAGGCCCCGGCUGAGCAGGGCUCCUGUGGGCACAAGGAGGUUCCUGUCCCCUACCUGGUGCUGGUGUGUGAUCCCAUCCCACACCCCUCCAACAUCGAGGCGCCGCUGGACACCAAGACCUUCCUCAGCCGCCACACUCUGAACAUGAAGUUCACGUACUGUGAUGAGAGGAUCACUGAGCUGAUGGGCUAUAAUCCGGAGGACCUGUUAAACCGCUCGGUUUAUGAGUACUACCACGCCCUGGACUCAGACCACCUCACCAAGACUCAUCACAACUUGUUUACGAAAGGUCAGGUGAGCACAGGCCAGUACCGCAUGUUGGCCAAGAGAGGAGGCUUUGUGUGGCUGGAGACUCAGGCCACUGUCAUCUACAACAACAAGAACUCCCAGCCCCAGUGUGUUGUGUGUGUCAACUAUGUGCUCAGUGGCAUUGAGGAGGAGAAGCUGGUCUUGUCUCUGGAGCAGAUUGAGGAUAUGAGGCCUGUGAAGAAGGAGCGGAUCGAGGAGGAAGAGGUGGAGGAGGAGAGCUCUGAGGCAGAAAUGUCCCCUGUGCCCCUAAAGGAGGAGCUGAGCCCAGAGCUGGAUGUUAUCAAGCUGUUCACCCAGGCCAUGGAGAAGGAGCCUGUGACCAGCCUGUACGACAGACUGAAGGCAGAACCAGAGGCCCUCACUGUUCUGGCCCCUGCUGCAGGAGACACCAUCAUCUCUCUGGACUUCAGCAGCCCUGACUCUGAUGUCCUCCUGAAGGAGGUGCCUCUCUACAACGAUGUGAUGCUGCCCUCUACUAGUGACAAGCUGGCGCUGCCUCUCUCACUGCUCCCCCCCAGUGAGCAGCCCCUGGCCCCCCUCUGCUCAGUGGACACCAAGGCUGGUCCAGACUCCUCCAGCAACCCGGUCAGCCACACCUCCUCUGAGCCUGAUGGCCCACUGGACUUCUGUUUCCCAAUGGACUCUGACAUCAACUCAGCAUUCAAACUGGACCUAGUUGAGAGCCUGUUUGCCAUUGACACAGAGCCCAAGACUCCUUUCUCCUCACAGGCCAUGGAGGACCUAGACCUGGAGAUGUUGGCUCCAUACAUCCCCAUGGAUGACGACUUCCAGCUGCGCACCCUGUCCCCAGAGGAGCCCCUGACGUGUGGCCCAGCCCAGCCCCCAGACAGCUCCCCCCACUGCUCUCCUCUGCGCCUGACCAAGGAGGUCCACAACUACCCCGGCUCCCCCUUCAGCGCCCCAAGCAGCCAGACGACUUCCCCUGCCCCAGCAGCCUUAGAGGCAGAUGACAGCCGUCGCUCUGCCUCCUUACUCACCAAAACGGCGCCUCAAGAGAUAUCACUCAGCAAAUUGGUCACCCAGAAUGCACAGCGCAAGAGGAAGUUAUCUCUGUCUCAAGCUUUCGGAAUAGGGGCACCACUCCAGGACCCUCCUGACUUGGGUAAGAAGCAGAAGGUGUGUGACCGUGGAAGCUCUGAGGGAACCUCCAACCGGACCGUACUGCUCCUGCCUACAGACCUGGCAAGCCGUCUUCUUGGCAUCUCCUCAGAGGGCAGCGGCUCGCCCUUCACCCUUCCCCAACUGACCCGGUAUGACUGUGAGGUCAACGCCCCCGUGGCGGGUCGCCAGCACCUGUUGCAGGGCGAGGAGCUUUUGCGUGCCCUGGACCAAGUCAACUGAGUCAGCACUUAGCCUGCCCCCUGCUGGACCAGACCAGACACUACACUUCUCCUCCAUCACUCCGUCCCUACCCGCUGUCCCUUUAUUUAUGUCUCUAUAAUAUCUAUCAGUUUGGUCUUAUAGUUUGGCUGCCAUCUGCAUCCACCAAGUGAUCUCUGCAGCAUUCCACCUUGAUGAACCUAGCAUCUUUACUGAGUUGGUGUAGGGGAGGUGGUAUUGUUUGCAGGUAAAGGCACCAAAUUGGUUCUUUCUUGGGAGUCUUUCAGACAGACAUGUAUGGUGCCUCCAUGGAUGACUGUUGUAAUGGGUCUCCAUGGGAAACGGCAGCGCUACUGCCAGCAUUGUAUUGUAAGCUUCAGUCGCACAAUUUAUAUUUUCAUAAAAAGAAAAAGAUUACCAGCAAUAUAUAUAUAUAUAUAUUAAAGUAACUGCCCAUGGAAAAUAUAUUCAUUUUUAGUCCAUCUUUUGUUAACACAUUCCCAAACUAUGUUGCUGACUUGUCCUAUACUCAUAUUGAUGGACAAAGCAUAUAUUUGAGGGAAGAAAACCACCCCAAACUUGUAUCUCAAACAGAUCUUUUAAAUGACCUGGACAACCAGUGGUCUAGAAAAGGAUGAGGGGGUUAAUUAGCAGUCUACUCGCAUGAAUAUGACUUUAAUGCCUAAUGACCGGCAUAUGCCCACACCAUUCCUACAAAGAAAUGCUGCUUUUUAAUACACAACACAUUUGAAAAGAUAACUACUUUGGUCAUAUUGUAAGUUUUUAUAGGUCAUAUUUCAAAGACAUCUGGAAACACUGGGCAGUUACUUUAAGCCUUUUUAAAAGAUUUUCAACCAUUUUCUUUUACUUUUCCUCUGUUUUCGUAUGUGGUAAAUAACAAUAGUCUUUGGUCCAGAAGAUUGAGUUUAAUGUUUAAAUCUAAAAUAUUUUUGAUGUUAUGUCCCCAUUACUGGUUACCAGUAUUUUAGGCCUAUGCAUUUAAUGUGUAGUCAUUUAGUACCAGUCACUUUAUUACAUUAAGUGUGUGUUUGUUGCUGUGCAUAGACCAGGGGAACGUUCAGAGAUUACUUUGAAGCCUUGUCAUAAGUAGUAAAUACUUAAAAAUGAAAUACAUGUUAGAGGUAUCUAAAUCCAAUGUUUGUUUUGAAUCAUGGAGAAAUGGCUUAAUUUGAUCAAUUGGUCAAUAUUUUGUUGACAGAUUCAGACGGUUCAUUUAGAUUAAUGUGGUGUGUACUUUUUCACCAUCAUAUUUUAUCUAUAUAAUUAUCCUGUCAUUAGUCAAAUGUGUAGUUCUUGCAUACCUGUUUUUUCAGUUUUGGUCCAGAUACUGCAGUGUUGGGUCUCAUUCAUGCUUCCUGUUGCUGUCUUAACAUAAAAUUGCUCCAUAAAGUUUUUUGCCAUGGUU